AUAAUACUCAUUUAUUAAGGAAAAUAACAUGGGUCACAUUUUCUCAAAUUGACUUCCAUGCUUAAUAUUUGCAGAAGUAAAUCUUAAAUAUUGAGUGUAAAUAAUUCCAUGUAUUGCUCUUGGAUAAAUUUACAUCUUGUGCAAAUAUUUAGCUUGUCUAAAUACUACCACCAUUUCUCUAGAACAGCUAGAAAGAUUUUGAUAUAAAUCACCGUUUCAAAUGUUGUGGAUGAGCCUCUAUCAUUCUGUACUAUAGCAUAGUUGUUCAAAACGAACAACUUGACUGCUUCCACUUCGCCUUUGACUGGUUAAUGUAUGGUCGGGAAACUGUGAAAAGGUGGGUAAGGCAGCCAUUCAGUGCUUGAAUAUUAAUUAGGAAUUUGGGUUUUGCAGACUAAAAAGCAGUUAAAAGAAAGAGGGCUUUUCUUCUUUUCCUUCUACUGUUUACCACUGGUUCUAUCUCCUGCAUGUAUUGCUUUUCUAGUCUGCCUCCUAAGAGAGAGGUAUAUCAUUUGGUUAGACUCCCCAAACACCUGUUUCGGUAGAUGUUUAAAGUUUUCUAUCUGGAUUUUUUUUUGUCUUUAAGGCUACCAAAUGUUCAAUAGGGAACAAUCUUGUAACAGCAGGGAGAUGACCUAGUAGGCCUUUCAUUUCCAACUUUGAGUACAAUUCCUUUCUCCUCCUUCGAAAACAAUUCUUAAAUAUCUUUCAUUGCCUUAAAUAAAUCUGGUGAAGAAGACACAGCGAUUAUGGCUGGUAUUAAAAUAACUAUCUAAGCAGUUUUGAUACAGCUAAUAAUGAUGCUUUACUUCCUGGUUGUGCUAGCAGAUUUUUUGGCAGGGUUAUUCUUCCCUUCUCAUCUCUCCCACUGUCAUCCCAAAACUAUAUACUUCAUUUGGAAGGUAUGUCAGGAGAGAAGAUUUUGUCAAAUUCUGCUUUUUUACAUCAGUUGAAGCUCCAUUUCAAUUGAUAGAAUUGCAUUACUCUUAACAGCAGAAUUUGCACCCCUUAUGUAGCUGAGCUACCAACAAGAGCCACUGAAGAACAAGUAGGCACAUUAGAAAACUGCUGUUGUGAUGUAAGAUAGCUCUAGGAACUGAAGAUUGAUUUGGUGUAAAUCUGAAAGAUUGAAAAUGUUAUAGGAAUGUGAAUUUGAACCAAUAUUCAAAGCAGCAGGUUUGUUUCUAUCUUGAAAUAGGUGUCUCCUUUCUUCUUCUGACAGCUAGUUAAUAUUCUGUUUCACUAAUGUAAUCAAAAACACUUAAAUUUCUCCAGACCUUUAAAGGGACUUAUUGUAGAGAGAGACUCUGUGCUUCUGUUUUUGUUUCCACACAAAUGUUGUAGGAGCUAUUUCAUGUUCUAGCAUUAAUAAUUUUAAAAAAUAGUUAAAAAUGUAAGUUUAUCAACAUCCUGUUAAAUCUUUUUCCUGUAUUUCCCUUUCCACCACCAGUGUUUGUCCAAGAUAUCUGACAGUAGCUAUCUCUUACCUAACCAAUCUGAAUAGAGCAGUGAUGUCCAGAAUAGUGACAAAUGGCGAUUUCACAAGCACUGAAUUGUCAGUGCAUAAAGUGAGGAGGUGGCCUAGACAAAAGAGAAAGUUACACCCACUUACUUAGUAAUUAAAAAUGAAAGGAAAUUGUGUUAAGGGUUAUUAAGAGCGCACAUUUCAGCAAAAUAUAUUAUCUUUAAUUUAAAGGGCCAAUGUCUAGGGAAACUUUUUAAAGAACAACUGCAGAGCAGCAAAGCUGAUGGUGUCACUUCUUUACAAUAGUGGCAUUAGUACUUAUGAUAUGUUCCAUUUGAGGAUCUUGAAGUGUUUUAGAUAGAUUGAUGAAUUAAGCCACCCAACAGGCAAUAUCUUUAUUUGAUACAUGAGGAAAAUUGAAGAGCAGAGUGGUUACCAGGGUGUUAUCAAAGAUGACUUUGGCAGAACCAGAAAGAGACUGCUGGUACGGAGUCCUGUGUCUUUACCACAGAACUAUCUGGCCUUCUACUCUGAUUUCUCUUACUCAGCAUGAUGUUUGUCUUUGGAAUGCAAAUUAAACUUCAGUUACACGAUUCCAUCAUGUAUAAUAUGUUCGUUCACCUUCUGUCCCUGUAAACAAGAAGAAUACUCUUUCUCUCUUGGGUUUAUGUGGAGACUGAAUGACUUUUUUUGGGUGACAUUUAUUGGAAUCUGCUGCCUACAGUGAUAUCUUCAAUUAAUAUUGAACAGAAAUGCUUGCUUAGUGUAGUCUAGGCCCUUUACAGAAAAUCCCACAUAGUAUGAAAAAAAGUCCUCUGAGAUAUGUGCAGUUUCCAUCCUGCUAUGGCCAAGGAGUUUAUUCCCCCUCUUACAGCCUGUGGAAUGAGCAAUGGAAUUGUCAUAUCUGUCCAGAUCUUAAAAGGUUCACGGACCAGUAGACCAGGGCCAUUCAUGCACUGAAAAUGGUUUCUCUUUUCCCUUUUCCUAAGUUGCAUGUGUUUUCAAGCAAACUGAAUGUAGCAUGUGCUACCAAAGCUUCCCUUUUUGGACAGCUUUUUCAUGCUACGGAAACAUAAGAGGGCAGGCCACCAUGAACUAAGUCAAUGGAUCCCUAGGUGGUUCAUGGAGAUGGGGAAGACACUUUGGUCCAUUGAGCCAAUUUGGUGAGAUAACAAUGGAAUGCUAAACAGCUCCAGAUAACACUGAAUUUUACCACUUUGUUUCUGCCUUUUAAGUGUGUGAACAGGACAUAUCUAGCUAUUUGUUGUACCAUGUAACUGUUUUACAGAUUCCAUGCAUUGAGAACUUGUUUGCUUAGCUCUUUUAAGCUUGCAAUUUUUUAAAAUUACCUGCAACAGUAGUCCCUUAAAAUGCUAGAUAAGGACUGUUUUUUUAAAGAUGUAGGGAGCAUGCAACAAUCAAACUUUCAUGAAGCAUAUGAGGAUGACCCAGCUGACCCACAAACAUUCAUGGAUUUCCAUUCUUCAAAUACAGAAAGAAGAAAAGAACGUGAAAAAGCUAAAGAGCAUGAUGCUGAGUUAUGCGAGAUGAAAAAUAUUGGAAGGGUACAGGAAUUCUUUCUGCAAGAGGUGCAGCUGGGAGAACACUGGUUAUCUAGAGGAGACCAUAAGAAGAGCGUGGAGCACCUCACUAAUGCUAUUUCAGUGUGUGCACAGCCACAUCAGCUACUGCAGGUCUUGCACAAUACACUACCACCACAAGUCUUUGAGAUGCUUAUGCGGAGAGUACCAUAUGCAAAACAACGACUUCAAGCAGCACUGAAUGAGCAGGACUGUGCAGAAGAUGAGAAGGAAUGAGAGAUGGCAACAAUGUUAAGGCAGGACUCUAGCCAUCUAGCCUAUAAACCCUUGUUUGGAAAGAAAAUACAUACAAAACUGCACAGUUUCCAUUUAUUGUACUUUGAUUAAAUAAAAACAUUUUGAAGACA